GUCACACAGUCAGUCAGUCACACGAGAGGUGUUGCUCACACACACAGAGAGAGAGGAAGAAGACGACAGCAACAUAUCUGGGCUAACAAAAAACGAUCUGUAAAGAAGGAAAAGAGUGCAACAGAGGACACAAGAAACACAAACAAACAGAAAAGAUGACGAUUGGCAAGAGUUCCAGGAAAAGUUCUGUGCGCAGCUCCAUCCGGGCCCCAAAGUUUCUGGACAAGUCCAGCGGCUUCUAUGGUCGCCUUGAUGAGCCUGAGAUGGUUGGAGAAGAGCAGGAGAGCUGGAAUGUGAUGGAAGACAGCAAGACCGAGGGGGGAGUCGUGAGCAGCCAGAACCCAAGUGAGGUGCAUGUCUCUGGGGCAGAGACGCAAGAAGCUGAGGCAUUUGACUUUAAUGAAGUGUUGGUGGAAGGCGACGGGGAGACGCUCCUCCAGAGGAAACCCAGCCGCCGCAGCAGCAGGUGGAGGAGAAGCUCCAGGAGGAAGCAGAAGGAGGAGAGAGCCGAGGAGGAUGCAGCCCGGGAUGAGAGGCCCAGUGUGGGCACGGAGAGACCGGUCGACCCACACACUGGGGUCAUGAUCGAGGUCGAGAUGGAGAAGAAGGUGGAGCCAUCGCUCGUUCACUUCCCAACUCAGGAGGAUGAGGACGACCAGGUCCUGAUCAGAGACAAGAAGAGGGGCAGAGACGAGGAGGGAGAGGAGGAGAUGAGGAUGAAGAAGGAGCAAGAGGAGGGGAUGAAGAUGGUGAAGAGGAAGAAUUACCGCAAGGCCUUGGACCGAGCCUUCCGCCGCGGCUGGGAGGCCUUCAUCGCCAACCUCUACAGCGUCACGCUCACUCCUGUGACAUCAUCCUCGCUGUCAUCAUCGUCUCCUGCGUCUCAGAAGAAACAGCAACACAGCGCCGUGUUGGCUGAAUUUCGAUAGAGCUGAUUUCCACAUGGACGAUAAACAAAGCUUUUACUAAUAUUUAUGUACUAAUAGUGAUUUGUGAUGCACAAUCCCGCCUGUUUCCAUGACAACACCAGGGCCUUUACAGUCAUGUGAUGCGUCUGAGUCAUGCGUGAGGCCUCACUAUGAUUAUUUAUGUAAGUUAAUUACUCAUCAUAAACUUUACUGCCUUUGUUUCUUCAUGGUGCAUAUCACUGUGUAGACAGACUGGAGGUGAGGGAGCCAAGCUGUUGAUUUUACAGUGAAGUCUAUGGAAAGGUCCAGUGUUCAUGUGACGGAGGUCAGCUGCUCCUGGUUCCCUUUUAUUGUGUUACUAAUUCAGAUUUAUUCAGCAGUGUAAGAACGUCUUAACAUCUUAGCUGCAUACAUCCGGUCCACUAUUAAGAGCUUGGAGCACAAAUAAUCUUUGCUUCCUUUGGUUAAGUACAAUGAAACUAGUAAAAUGUUGAUGUGUAACCAAAAGGAAUGGAACGUCUUCAUCGUAGGGCGAUGACUGAUCAGUGGACUUUAGUUCUGCAGGUAUUUACAUGUCUUGUAUGUUAAUCAGUGCCAUUUAUUGCUGUCUAUAAUCAGUAAUCAGGACAAGCUUGUCCUUGUGUGUCUUUCUCAACACACACACGUUUGUUUGUCAAUAUUUUUAAGGAAAAUUGCAGUUUCUACCAGUUUAAACACAGGUUUGUUAUCUUUGAGGGCACAGAUGGUCCGUGUUUGACUUCCUCAUGAGAUAACGUUCACCUCUCGCUGUGUGUUCUGGUGAAGGUUACAGAACCUGAAGGGACGGGACAGGAGAGGGUUUGCAAUGUGUGUGUAAAGAGGGAACGAUAAAGACUAUUUUUACAUACUGGUAAUAAAUCAGCACUAAACACAGGUGUAGGAUCCACUGUUUGUCUUUUGAUUGUUACCAUUGCAGAAGCACAUCUUGUCUGUUAUACACGUUCUCAUUGCAGAAGAGAGGUGUGAGUAGCCUGAAGCAUCACUAAUCACUGAUGAUAAUUAAAAGGUUUACUAUUUGGUUUACCUCAAGUGUACUCAGUGAUUCUUGUAAACUCGGCUAAACAAGUUGGAUAACUUGUUGUGUAAAUAAUGAUUGUUUUGGAAAAAUGUUUGUAUCCUAAUCAAAGCUUCUGAAGUCCUGAACCGUGACAAGAAGCACCUCUCGGAAAAAAUAAAGAUUUAAUUUAUUGUA